AUGUUGUUCCGAUUUCUUCAAACACUGGCUCGGUUCUGCCGCUUCUUGCUCAUUUCGGUUCUUGGGUUCCGUUUUUCUCCUUUGCUUCUUCUUGGUUACGUAAAACUGCAAGACGAAAAUAAGCACAACAGCGAGUCAGCACUUGCAUCAGGGACUGACGCAAAACAACCAGAAGCGGCAGAAAACGUGACAUCUUCUUCCAUUGAUUUUGCGGUAAAUUCAGUGGUGAAGGUCUUCACCGUCUAUAGCAUGCCUAGCGUUUUGCAACCUUGGCGGAAUUGGCCGCAGCAAGAAUCCGGCGGCUCUGGAUUUGUAAUCUCGGGAAAAAAGAUUCUUACGAACGCUCAUGUAGUUGCUGAUCACAUAUUUUUGCAAGUUAGAAAACAUGGCUCACCCACAAAAUACAAAGCACAAGUUCGAGCGAUUGGACAUGAAUGUGAUUUGGCCAUUUUGGAGAUCGAUAAUGAAGAGUUUUGGGAGGAUAUGAUACCUUUGGAACUCGGAGAGAUACCAUCUCUGGAUGAAUCUGUGGCCGUAUUUGGCUAUCCUACUGGUGGUGAUAGCGUUUCUAUUACUAAAGGUUAUGUUUCGAGAGUCGAAUAUACAAGAUAUGCUCACGGAGGCACUACACUACUCGCUAUACAAACAGAUGCGGCUAUAAACCCUGGAAAUAGUGGUGGUCCAGCAAUCAUAGGAAAUAAAAUGGCAGGUGUAGCUUUUCAAAAAGAUCCAUCUGCAGAUAAUAUAGGAUACAUAAUCCCGACUCCAGUAAUAAAACAUUUUUUAACUGCUGUUGAAGAAAAUGGACAAUAUGGUGGUUUCUGCACGUUAGACAUUUCCUAUCAACUUAUGGAGAAUUCUCAACUCCGUAAUCACUUUAAGAUGGGUCCUGAAAUGACAGGGAUUCUUAUAAACGAAAUAAACCCUCUGUCGGAUGCUUACAAAAGGUUAAGAAAAGAUGACAUCAUUCUCGCAAUUGAUGAUGUUCUUAUAGGAAAUGAUGCUAAAGUUACUUUUCGGAAUAAGGAACGAAUCAAUUUCAAUCAUUUUGUUUCGAUGAAGAAAUUAGAUGAAACAGUUUUACUUCAAGUUUUGAGAGAUGGGAAAGAGCAUGAGUUCCACAUUAUGGUAAAACCCGUGCCACCCCUUGUUCCAGGGCAUCAGUAUGAUAAGCUUCCAAGUUAUUACAUCUUCGCAGGCUUUGUUUUUGUACCUCUUACACAGCCAUACAUUGACAGUACUUUGAUUUGCAAUUGUGCAAUUAAAUAUAUGCCUGAAAAGGCUGGUGAACAGCUUGUCAUAAUUUCUUAGGUGUUAGCUGACGACAUCAAUGCAGGAUACACUGAUUUCAAGAAUUUGAAGGUAAUAAAAGUGAAUGGAGUUCAAGUGGAAAAUCUAAAACAUCUAACUGAAUUGGUAGAGACAUGCUGGACCGAGGAUUUAAGACUGGACUUAGAAAACGAGAAGGUUGUGGUCCUCAACUAUGCAAAUGCUAAAGAAGCUACUUCUUUGAUCUUAGAACUGCAUAGAAUACCGUCGGCCAAUGAGUAUGACUACCAGUGGCAGAGCUAG